CUUCCCCCUCCCCCCUACCAGUCUACAGGUUCAUCUGCCUCUUUCUUACGGGGCUGCCCUCAAACCUUCAGCUCCUCCCUCCAUCUCUAUGAAGUGAGAAGUUUAACAGAAAAAGUAAGAGAGUGGGUUGUCGCGCAAGCUUGUAGGACGCAUGCGCAAUUUCCUGUCUCUCUUUGGCGCUGCGGGGCAGUGAGUCCAGGAGAAAUUUCCCGGCGGCGCGGAAGAUGCGCGCCACUUCCGGCCGGGCUCCUAACAACGGGGGAGGCUGGUAACCAGGGAGGGGGGGGAUGGCGGAGCGGGCGCCCGAGGCAGAGGCGGAGGCUGAGGCGGGCGCAGGCGGGGAGGCAGCGGCCGAGGAGGGCGCGGCGGGCCGCAAGGCGCGGGGCCGGCCGCGACUCACGGAGUCGGACCGGGCCCGGCGGCGGCUCGAGUCCCGGAAGAAGUACGACGUGAGGCGCGUGUACCUGGGCGAGGCGCACGGGCCCUGGGUGGACCUGCGGCGCCGCAGCGGCUGGAGCGACGCCAAGCUCGCCGCCUACCUCAUCUCGCUGGAGCGCGGCCAGCGGAGCGGCCGGCACGGGAAGCCUUGGGAGCAGGUCCCCAAAAAGCCAAAGAGGAAGAAAAGGCGCCGGCGCAACGUGAACUGCCUGAAGAACGUGGUGAUCUGGUACGAGGACCACAAGCACCGCUGUCCGUACGAGCCGCAUCUGGCCGAGCUGGACCCCACCUUCGGCCUCUACACCACGGCCGUGUGGCAGUGUGAAGCCGGCCACCGCUACUUCCAGGACCUGCACUCGCCCCUGAAGCCACUCAGCGACUCAGACGCCGACAGUGACAAAGUGGACAACGGCCUGGGGGCCGGCAGCUCCAACUCGUCCAGCUCCUGCUCUGGCUCUGACUCUGAGGAGCCCCCUGAAGGCCAGCCAGCCAAGGCGACAGUUGCAGCAGCUGCUGUUACCCCCACCAGCCCAGCGGGCAGCAGCGGCCUCAUCACGCAAGAGGGUGUGCACAUCCCUUUCGACGUCCACCACGUGGAGAGCCUGGCUGAGCAGGGCCCCGCACUGUGCCCCAACCCAGCAGGCAGCGGGCCGGAAGCCCUGGAGACUGUGGUGUGUGUGCCAGUGCCCAUGCAAGUGGGCCCGGGCCCUGGCACCCUUUUUGAGAACAUGCCCCAGGAGGCACUGGGCGAGGUGGUAGCCAGCUGUCCCAUGCCAGGCAUGGUGCCUGGCUCUCAGGUGAUCAUCAUCGCAGGCCCAGGCUAUGAUGCCCUCACGGCUGAGGGCAUCCACCUCAAUGUGGCAGCAAGCAGCAGUGCGCCCAGCGGGGGCCUGGGUGACGAGGUGCCCUGCGCCAUGAUGGAGGGUGUGGCAGCCUACACCCAGACAGAGCCUGAGGGCAGCCAGCCCGGCGCUGUGGACCCCACCACCAUGGCAGGCAUGGAGACCAAGAAAGAGAAGGAGGACCUGUACAUGCUUAAGAAGGAGGAGAAGGAGGAGCCGGUGGCUCCAGAGCUGGCAGAGCUGGCAGCGACAGUGCCUGAGAGUGCAGAGCCUGAGGCAGAGGCAGACGGGGAGGAGCUGGACAGCAGUGACAUGUCAGCCAUCAUCUAUGAGAUCCCCAAGGAGCCUGAGAAGAGGCGGAGGAGCAAGCGGUCACGGGUGACGGACGCCGACGGCCUGCUCGAGAUGUUCCACUGCCCCUACGAGGGCUGCAGCCAGGUGUAUGUGGCUCUCAGUAGCUUCCAGAACCAUGUCAACCUUGUACAUCGAAAAGGGAAGACCAAAGUAUGUCCUCAUCCUGGCUGUGGCAAGAAGUUCUACUUAUCCAACCACCUACGGCGACACAUGAUCAUCCACUCAGGUGUCCGGGAAUUCACCUGUGAGACCUGCGGCAAAUCCUUCAAAAGGAAGAACCACCUGGAGGUGCACAGGCGCACACACACCGGCGAGACACCCCUGCAGUGUGAGAUCUGCGGCUACCAGUGCCGGCAGCGGGCUUCGCUCAACUGGCACAUGAAGAAGCACACGGCAGAGGUGCAGUACAACUUCACGUGCGAGCGCUGCGGGAAGCGUUUCGAGAAGCUGGACAGCAUCAAGUUCCACACUCUCAAAAGCCACCCCGACCACAAACCCACCUGACCCCCCAUCAACCACCGUCCCUAUUUAUUUGUCCACUCCGAUGCCACUCCUGGGCCUGCUGGGCCUGGACUGCCAUGGGGGCCACCCCGCAGGCGGGAAGGUGAUGCCCCUGCCCCACCCAGGGCUGGUGCCCCCCCCUGGAGCUGGCGAUGGCGGCUGCACUGCUGGAACUGUGUCUAGAGCAGAGCAAGAUUAAAGAGUGAGAAAGUAGA